AUGAUUUUCCUCUUAUUUUGGUUCCUGAUCCUUCUACUGAUCUUCCUGGCAGUCACCGGCAAGACUUUGGGACUUCGUGAGCUUUAUGUGGAAACAUUGAUUCGAAUUUUCGAGUGGGGAGCCACGCUCAGCGAAGAAUCUGAUGUCGAGGAAGACUCGGUUAUUGAAGAAGAUGAAUUCCCGGCACAACACAAGAAAAUCCGGCGGUCUUCAUCCUCAUCCGACCUUGGCAUCAUCAAUCGAGAGAAAUCUGACAUCAUCGACGCCAAACUGCAUGAGACGAAUGUAACGGAAUCAAAACAAUCAACAGUCAGCGUUCUUGUCGAUGAUACUCUGGAUUUUAUUACGGCUGGAAUGGAAGCUGUCAUCGAGGAUCAAGUCACCAACCGGUUCUCUGCAGCUCAAUUACCAUCAUGGAAUUUGCUAAGUCGCACCAAAUUUACGUUCCAUUUUCUUAACUGGCAGCUGACCGCACUCUGGAUCGCUGGGUUCAUGUUCCGCUACUACGUGCUUGUCCCAUGCAGAAUUGCUCUGUUCGUCAUUGCAAUCGUACUGAUGAUCGUUUCAACAUCUAUCAUCGGAUUGAUCCCACAUGCAAAAACCCGAAAGUUCCUGAACCGAAGAUGUAUGUUGAUGUGCAUGAGAAUCUACUCUCGCGCAUUCUCAAGUGUUAUUCGUUUCCACGAUAAAGAGAAUCGAGCCAACAAAGGAGGAAUAUGUGUUGCGAACCACACGUCGCCAAUCGACGUCAUGGUUCUGUCCUGUGACAAUUGCUACGCUAUGAUUGGUCAGAAACAAGGAGGAUUUUUGGGAUUCUUGCAAACGACGCUCAGCAGAUCGGAACACCACAUUUGGUUUGAGAGAGGAGAGGCUGGAGAUAGAAAACAAGUCAUGAAUAGAAUGCGUGAACAUGUUGAGGAUGAAAACAAGCUACCGAUCAUCAUCUUCCCCGAGGGAACAUGCAUCAAUAACACUUCCGUGAUGAUGUUCAAAAAGGGAUCAUUUGAGAUCGGCUCCACAAUCUACCCAAUCGCUGUCAAAUACGAUACCCGUCUCACUGAUGCCUUCUGGAACAGCAGUGCUCAAUCUUACGGAAGAUAUUUGUGGAGUAUGAUGACUUCUUGGGCGAUCAUUUGUGACGUUUGGUAUCUGCCACCAAUGACAAGAGGAGAUGGUGAAGAUUCUAUUUCGUUUGCAAAGAGAGUGAAGCGAGCAAUUGCUAAAAAGGGAGGAUUGAUUGAUUUGGAGUGGGAUGGAGCGUUGAAGAGAGAACGGGUAUCAAGCAAACUAGUAACACUGCAACAAAAACUCUACUUUGAACGUCUUGCUCGUACCACCACUCUGAACUCGAUGCUCGAAGAAAAAUCCAGCGACAUUUUGAACAUUAUGCAAGGAAUCACAGAAGAGGAACGAAAUGAGCUGCUCAAACAGAUUGAUGAACAGGACGACGAAGAGGAGAUGAUCAGGAAAAUCUCAUCCUUGAAACCAAAAUUCAAACUUGGAGAACAGGACACCGAUGAUAGUCAGCAGCACAUCAAAGUAGAUUGA